AUGGUCUUUUGUUUGCUGAUGGUAUUCCCCGCUGCUAUUAUUGUGGCCACUUGUACCGAAUACGUUGCGAGCUUCGACGCUAGCCCGUGGAUAAACUUGGCCAACAAGCCCCCUGCUGGCCAGCUUCGUUUUUAUUUCAGCACCAGGGCAAUGAAAUUGGCAAACCUUUACGCCGACGACUACCUAGCGCAGCAGCAGCUCAACAGCACCGGCAUGACGCUAAACGGUGCUCUUGACACGUUCACGCAGACCACUCGCGAUGCACUGAUUGUCCAUGGAAAGACGCCUGUCGUAUGGGAAGAUGCUGCAGUAGUGGCAAGAAGGGGUUUCGGGAUCAUCCAUGCACCAUCAAAUCACUUCUACCUGGAUUAUGGUGCUGGUGAGGGACUGGGAGACGACCCAAUUGGGUUGGCAUAUACCUUUUAUUCGUUGGCAAACUUGACCAAGGCGCAGUACGAACUCGUUGUCGGAGGUGAGCAAAUUCUAUGGAGUGAACAGUCUGGUCCCCAAAAUGUCGACUUGAUCGCAUGGCCACGCGCUGCAUCGUCAGCAGAAAUUUUCUGGAGUGGGAAGCAGCCCAUUGGAGCUGCACUCAACGUCACCGAUGCACUUCCUCGUUUGCAUGGCCUAGUGAUGCAUCAGGCUUUACUUGUUCACGAAGUCCUCCUAGAGAUAUUCGCCUAUGUACCAUAUACUGAAACACCAUUGACCCAGAAAUUGCUUUCAGCGCUUGCAAGGACAUGCAAAAUCUUCUACGAGCCUGCGAUGGAUUUGCUGUGGACUAAAAUCUAUGGAUUAGAACCACUGCUAGGCUGUGUAGCGAGGUUACAUCCACUGAUAUACCAUAGUGGUAUAAGGCUCACCGAGCGUCUACAUAAUAGUGGCACCAACCCUGGGCGAAAGGUGUCGAGCCAUUAUCUGCCCAUGAGGCCCAUCAAUUUCUGUGUCACUCCUCCCGCAUACGCACAUUGGACAUAAAAUCUGAUGAUCCGCACCUUCUCUCUGUCAUCCCCGCCGAGGCAUGCAUAUUUCCGAGGCUGAAGUCAUUAAGUCUUACCACCGCAUAUCUGAACCUCUUUCUGCCUCACAUGCUGCACCGAUGUCAUCUAUUGGGCGUCGAUGAGGGUCUGCAAUCCUUUGUGACACGUUGCAUUGCUCUGGAGGAUUUA